AUGGAAGCCCUUCUAUUGGCAACUAGUGAGGGGUUAGUGGAAGCCCUGCCAUUGGCAACUAGUGAGGGGUUAGUGGAAGCCCUGCCAUUGGCAACUAGUGAGGUGUUAGUGGAAGCCCUGCCAUUGGCAACUAGUGAGGGGUUAGUGGAAGCCCUGCCAUUGGCAACUAGUGAGGUGUUAGUGGAAGCCCUGCCAUUGGUAACUAGUGAGGGGUUAGUGGAAGCCCUGCCAUUGUCAACUAGUGAGGGGAUAGUGGAAGCCCUGCCAUUGGCAACUAGUGAGGUGUUAGUGGAAGCCCUGCCAUUGGCAACUAGUGAGAGGUUAGUGGAAGCCCUGACAUUGGCAACUAGUGAGGGGUUACUGGAAGCCCUGUCAUUGGCAACUAGUGAGGGGUUAGUGGAAGCCCUGCCAUUGGCAACUAGUGAGGGGUUAGUGGAAGCCCUGUCAUUGGCAACUAGUGAGGGGUUAGUGAAAGCCCUGCCAUUGGUAACUAGUGAGGGGUUAGUGAAAGCCCUGCCAUUGGCAAUUAUGAGAGGGUUAGUGGAAGCCCUGCCAUUGGCAACUAGUGAGGGGUUUGUGGAAGCCCUGCCAUUGGUAACUAGUGGGGGGUUAGUGGAAGCCCUGCCAUUGGCAACUAGUGAGGGGUUAGUGGAAGCCCUGUCAUUGGUAACUAGUGAGGGGUUAGUGGAAGCCCUGCCAUUGGUAACUAGUGAGGGGUUAGUGGAAGCCCUGUCAUUGGUAACUAGUGAGGUGUUAGUGGAAGCCCUGCCAUUGGUAACUAGUGGGGGGUUAGUGGAAGCCCUGCCAUUGGCAACUAGUGAGGGGUUAGUGGAAGCCCUGUCAUUGGUAACUAGUGAGGGGUUAGUGGAAGCCCUGCCAUUGGCAACUAGUGAGAGGUUAGUGGAAGCCCUGUCAUUGGCAACUAUGAGAGGGUUACUGGAAGCCCUGUCAUUGGCAACUAGUGAGGGGUUAGUGGAAGCCCUGCCAUUGGUAACUAGUGAGGGGUUAGUGGAAGCCCUGCUAUUGGCAACUAGUGAGGUGUUAGUGGAAGCCCUGACAUUGGCAACUAGUGAGGGGUUAGUGGAAGCCCUGCCAUUGGCAACUAGUGAGGGGUUAGUGGAAGCCCUGCUAUUGGCAACUAGUGAGGGGUUAGUGGAAGCCCUGUCAUUGGCAACUAGUGAGGGGUUAGUGGAAGCCCUGCCAUUGGUAACUAGUGAGGGGUUAGUGGAAGCCCUGUCAUUGGCAACUAGUGAGGGGUUACUGGAAGCCCUGCCAUUGGCAACUAGUGAGAGGUUAGUGGAAGCCCUGCUAUUGACAACUAUUGAGUGGUUAGAGGAAGGUCAGUAA